GUGGUGAAACCGAGGAUGGGCAUCCUGGCCCCGGAACUGGCCACAGCACAGGAUGUGACUGUUGACACAGGCCCUCCCCCCACCCUGUGCACACGCCAGGGCGCGCUGUGUCCAAGAUGGCAGUGGUGGUUUCCCUGCUGGGGCUAUGCUGUCUGGGGCAGGCCCCCCGGCCCCUGGUCCGCUGCUGCACCUACAGGCACGUGCACACGUGUGUGGCCACCCCCGCGGGGCACCCUCCAAGUCCUCCGUGGCAAUGGCACUUCUGUGGGGACCGUCAUCGUGUUCCACUGCCCCUCAGGCCACCAGAUGGUUGGGUCCGGCCUCCUGACCUGUGCCUGGAAGGGCAGUGUCGCCGAGUGGUCUUCAGUGACCCCUGUGUGCAAAUCCGUGCCGCCGUACGAGACCUUUGGCUUCAAGGUGGCUGUGAUCGCCUCCAUCGUCAGCUGCGCCAUCAUCCUGCUCAUGUCCAUGGCCUUCUUCACCUGCUGCCUCAUGAAGUGCAUGAAGAGGAGUGAGCAGCCAUCCGACAGGGCGACCCAGCUGUGGCUCCAGCUGAGAGCCGGGGACUUGGAGACGGUGCCAGCGGCCUACCUUGGCCUCAAGGGCCUGAACAACAGCAACAGUGGCGGCAGCAGGGAGCCGGGGGUCUGGCCUGGCCAGGCACAUGACAACUACAGUUUUACCACGGACCUGGGUGAGGGCACCAGAGAGCUGGCUGGCGUGGCCCGCAGCAUGGACAAGGACCCCUGGACCACCAGUUGUCCUGCGGGCUCACCCCAUGCCCAGGUGAUGGUGCACACAGCGGACCUGGGGGGCGCCCCGCCUGCCUCCUGGCCCACUGCAGGAAUGUCCAGACAGCACAUGGCCUACGUCCCGGGGUGACUGAGGCAGAGUCCGGAGGCUGCCCUCCACACGGGGAGGACCAGGCCCACCCCACCACCCAGCCACCUACAUCUCGACCUGUGUCCAGCUUGCGAUGGGUCAGUGAAACCAGCUUCCGGAUUUAGGGAUCCCUCAGGGAGCGGAGCUGGGGACUCCAGAGGGGUGUCCCGUCCCAGGGGAGCCCAGCUGGAGCAGCUGUCAUAGAUCGGCACCCUUGCAGCCACCACUGAGGUUCUGGAACAACAUGCAGCACCCCCGCCCCCGCCAGCUGGCUCCUUUAAAAAGACUGGGGGACGUUUUAGCAAAUCUCAUUUUGCAUUGUGGAGAGGGAGCAGGGACCCGGCUGGGUCGCUGCAUCUGUUCCCUGCAAGUAGCCACGAGGGGAGAGGGGUGUGAAAUAAACAAUUCUAACACUGGAAAAACGAAGGUAAAAAUCGCUGUCUCGAUUUCCGAUGUCUCUGUAACAGAACGUCAAGCAGGUUUUCCUCGAGGUGUGAAACAGCUCCCUUAUCGCUCCGGGCUUGCAGGCUCUGCUGGGCAGAGCAGCUGGCCAGGGGCUGGCACCGGGCCACGUGGAGGCCAGCUGGUGCACACAGCCAGGAGCCACAGCCGUUGGCAGAGGCCUCGCUGGUGGUGGUCGUCUCCGUGGCCUGGGUGUCGCUGACCCUGGUAGCCAGUGUCCAUGAUGAGAGUCCUGAGUGCAAGCCUUGCCGUUCAGGGGCCUGGGAAGUCAUGCCGGGUCACGGCCGCUGCUUUCCACCUACCGAGGGGGGCGGCUGGACUCCCCUUCUGCGUGGCAGGAAGACCAGGCAGGGGUGGACACCUUCAAAGCCAUCCUGGUGCCCCCCCAACCCACAGCUGCCCAACCCCAGUCUUGUCAAAGCAGUUCCAUGACAGGCUGCCCUGCGGCCUUGAUCCCAGAGGGGGACGACGAUGCUGUCGCAAACGGCCCUUCCUUAUGGGGCUUGAGCAAGUCCGCCGAGGCUCUGAGUUCUCCCUGUCUCUCUUCAGGCCCUCUGCAGCCCUAGCGCUUGUCAGGAUGGGGUGGUGGGAGGCCUGCUAUCAGGGUUUGGGGGUGCCUGCAAGGGGAGGCAGCCGUUUGGAGCUCAGCACACCCUCCUCUCAGCCUCAGACUGUGGGCUCUGGCUUGUGUGACCCUGCCUCACACGCCCGUCACCCCCUGACCUCACUGCUGGUGCUGAGUCCACUGCGGCCACACAGACUGUCUCCCAAGCUCAGGUCAUCUGUGCCCGGGCUCCUGCAUGAUCCUCUUCCCCUAUCGUGUGCAGCCCUCCCUCACUUCAGCCAGGCGCCUGCUCCGAUGUCCGGUGCAUUCCUUGUGUCCUGCCACGUGACCAAUGACCCCAAAACGUAGUGGCUCAAAAACAAUAAUCACUUGUUACCGCUCUGUUUCAGGUGGGGUUUGGCAGCGUGGUUCUGGCUCGGGGUCCCUCAUGAGGCUGUGGUCUCACCUGAAGGCUUGACGGGGCCGGGGACUCACUUCCAGGAGAUUACCUCCCUGGGGGGCAGCUGGUGCCGGCUGCUGGCUGGGGGCCUCCGCUCCUGCCCACACCGGGCUCUCUGCAGCGCGGCCUGCGUGUCCUUAGCAUGCGGGGGCGGCUCCCCCGGAGCAGGUGGCCCAGGAGGGAAGGGCAGAGCCACGGGCACCUUACAUCCCGGCCUCAGAGGGCACCCAGCUCACUCCGCAACCGGUCACCAGUCACACAGGCCGCCUGGCUCGCGGGGGGAGGAGACUGCAGAA